AUGGCAAAUGGAGACCCAGAUUUGGACAGUCUUGAGGAGUUUGAUGACUUCUCAGAGUCUGGCAGUGACUAUGAGGCCACGAUGAAAGCCACAAAACGGAGACAACAGACUGCCCUUGAACCUCGGCCAUCCAAGAGACCCAGGCGUAAAACAGCAGUGAGGGUGAUGUCUAGCCCCAGUGGUAGCCCCAUCCCCACUCCUCCAGACCCCUCCCUGCAGCAGCAGCACUCCCUGGACGCACACAGGCAGGCCUCCCCUAGACCUGUGACUAGAGUGAACGAGGGGAACCAGGUCAGGGAUAUCUAUGAUGCUGUCUACUCUGGAAAGACUGCCAUGGUGACGGUGGUGGACGAGUGGCUGGACAGCUACAAGCGAAGCCGAGAAGCAGGGCUGCUGGUGCUCAUCAACUUCAUUGUUCAGUCCUGCGGAUGCAAAGGUGUGGUUAGCAGAGAGAUGUUUGACACCAUGCAGAACGCUGAGAUCAUCAGCACAUUAACCAAAGAGUUCAAUGAGGACUCCGUGAACUACCCUUUGUGCACCCCAGGCCCCCAGCUGAAGCGUUUCAAAGCUGGCCUGUUCGAGUUUGCUCGGGUUCUUGUGCGCUCCUGUCAGAAUAGCUUCAUCUAUGACGAGCACCUUUUCCCCUCCCUGCUGGCCCUGCUCACUGGUCUGUCUGACUCCCAAGUCCGAGCCUUCAGACACACCAGUACCCUGCUUGCCAUGAAGUUGAUGACUGGGCUGGUGGAAGUAGCUCUUACAGUGUCUGUUCAGCUGCAGACCACCCAGCGGCGAUACAACAUGGAGAACAGCAAGAGGGCGCAUGACAGAGCCUCUGACAGACUGGAGGAGCUGCAGACCACCAUCAGUGAGCUGUGUGAGAAGCGAGAGGAAGUUGCCUCCAUGAUGAACAGCACAUUCCGGGGUGUGUUUGUGCACCGUUACCGGGACCGGCUACAUGAGAUCCGUGCGGCUUGUAUUGAGGAGUUGGGCAUGUGGCUGAAAAUGGACCCUGAAGACUUCCUGAAUGAUGGAUGUCUUAAAUACCUGGGGUGGACGCUGCAUGAUAAACAAGGUCCAGUGCGUCUGCAGUGUGUGCGUGCCCUGCAGGGUCUGUACCAGGAGAAGGAACUCAUUGGCCGCCUGGAGCUUUUCACCAGCAGAUUUAAAGAGAGGAUGCUCAGCAUGGUGCUGGACAAGAACCCAGACGUGGCAGUGGAAGCGGUCAAUCUGUUACUGCUGAUCCAACAGAACACAGAGGAAGGCCUGAGAGAAGAGGAGUGCAGCCACAUCUAUCCCCUGGUUUAUGCUUCACACAGAGGCCUGGCGUCUGCAGCCGGCAGCUUCCUCUACAACAAACUGAAAGGUGUGAUUGCCAGUGAGAACCAGGAAAGAAAUAAAAGUGACAACACAGUCUUCUUUCAAAUUUUCAUCUCCUUCUACAUACAGAGCGAGUUCCAUGAGCAUGGGGCGUACCUGGUGGAUAGUCUGUGGGGUGUGGCAGGAUCUGAGCUGAGGGACUGGGAGACUAUGACAGGACUCCUGCUACAGGACUCUGGUCUGAUGUAUGAGGAGGAGGGUGCUCUCAUAGAGCUGAUGAUGUGCGCCAUCAGACAGGCAGCACAGGCAACCCCACCUGUUGGGAGAACUCAGGGCAAGAAGACGCUCAAUAUGAAGGAUAAGAAGGUCCAGGAACAAGACAGGAGACGUAUCACUGCACACUUCAUCCCUCUGCUGCCACAGCUGCUCGCCAAGUACUCAGCGGAUGCAGGGAAAGUGAGCCUUCUUUUCAAAGCUCCGCUCUACUUUGACCUGGAGAUGUACAACAGCGCUCCACGGCUGGAGAAGCACCUGGACCUGCUGCUGUGUGAGAUAUGUGGUAUUGUGUCGAAGCAUACAGAGGUCACAGUGUUGGAAGCUUUCGCCCACCUGGCCAGCACCCUUUGUUCCGACUGCUACACCUUCUCCUCCCGCGCACACCUGGCAUUCAGCCAGCUGCUGGAUGGCCUGACCGAGUGCUUCAACACCUACUUAAGUGACAUACUGCAGGGUAACGCAGACGAUGAUGACGUAUACAGUGCAGCCACUGCCUUGAAAAGGAUUGCGUCCUUGAGCAGUGCAAAGGACCCGACAGGCUGGAAGCUGCUCGACUCCUGUCUCGAGCUUCUGAAGCGCAGGACAGAAUCCAGAGAGCUCGACGAGGAGCUCAUGGUGUCAGCUCUGAAGUGUGCAGCCUUUCACCUGAUGUGGGCUAAAGUGAACGCGAUCAACUCUACACCAGCUGAGGCGGAACUGAAGCAGCUGAAGAAGAAGGUGCAUUUGUUUUGCAGGGUUUGUCAGAACUGUCUGUCUCUGAACCAGACUGAGAUCAGAAAUCAGGCGUUCGAGCUGCUCUGUGACCUGCUGCUCUUGUUCUGUGCGAGUUCAGCACACUCUGAAACUGCCCUCCAAACGUUGGUCCACCUCCCAUCUGAUUCCCUGCGUUCUGAGAUGGCUGCUUUCGUCCUGGACUACAUCUUCUCUGACACUGAUGAUGCUGAACUCAAUGCUGAGGCUGAGGAGGAGAUGAAGAUAACGCUUCUCCAGAGGAGGCGCAACCAACUGGCCGGCUACUGUAAGCUGGUCAUCUAUGGGGUGCUGGACCUCAGCGCUGCCACUGAUGUCUUCAAGUACUACAACAAGUACUUUAAAGACUUUGGCGAUAUCAUUAAAGAGACUGUAAGUAAGAGCAAGCUCAUCAGUCCGGUUCAGAGCGCCAAGACUGUCUGUCUGAGUCUGCAGCAGCUGUUCUCAGAGAUGCUUAUGGAGGACCGCAGCAGGCAGGAUCUCGGUGAGAUUAGAGACUUGGCCAAGAGGCUUGCAAUGAGCUUUGGCAUCGAUCUUCAUCGUGUCCGCAAACCAAUGGUGGCCCUGCACAUGGACGGUAUACGUUUUGCAUUUCGGGACCCACAGGAGGGAGAAGAGCCUCACCUGAAUCUGGCCUUCUUUGAGAUCCUCAGCGAGUUCAGUUUUAAGCUGCUGCAGCCGGACCGCGCCCAGCUGACUGCAUUUCUGAAAUCACAGUGUCCCCAUGCUGCCCUCUCCUGGCCAUCAGUCAGACUGUAUCAGCGAUCCUUAGAGGCCCACUCCUCUUCUAAACUCAGAGAGCAGGAGGAGGGCAGUGCUGCCCCCUCACAUGAAACCCCUGUAGCUAAACGCAAGAAGACCACUGCUCAGGGUCCAGUGUCCAGCACAGUCAAAGAUUCCUGGUUGGAUAGCAGCAGUAUGCUCAGCAGCCUGCAGACCCCAGUGCUCACCUCCACUGUCCUGAGAGAACAAGCCAAGCAGCCAGCCUCCAGGACACCCAGAGCCACAAAGUAUGAUAUUGGCAGCGGCUUAACUGAGCCAGAGUCUGAGGAUGAAUUCUCCUCAGGGACCCAGAUGCGAAAGGUGAAGCCCACCAAACGCCGCCAGCCCUUGUCCAGCAAGACCAGCUCCACUUUGGAUCAGCAAGGCCUGAGCUCCCACCUCCCCUUACCGUCACUGAUUGAGGACAACAAUGAAGAAAGAGAAGAGCCUGAGGUUGAAGAUAACGAAAGUGAUUCUGAACAUGAAUCUAUUUUUACACUGCCCUCCACACGUCACACCUCAGCCAGUGUCCUGGACGAGCUCUUUGAAUGA